UCCGUUCGCUGUGGGCUGUGUGGCGACGAUAGGUUGUGUUGCCCCAGGAGAGGAGACUUCUAGGAUGUCUCUCUGAAAAAAGACGCCACAAGUGCCAAGUGACUAAAUGGGAGCCGAGGCGGAAAACUAGGGAAUGGGAGAGUGAAGUCCUAGGAACCAAAGGUUAAAGGAAACAAAGUAACACAGAUUCCUCGACUUUCAAGAGUAAGGUGGCCUUGUGACUAGGAAUGCCAGAACUGGAGAUUAUGGAUGAAGAUCGAAUGAUUGAAGACGUCUUGGAUAGGUUUGUUAAUUGUCAUGAGCAAACAUAUGAAGAAUUUCUGAGCACUUUUUCUCAUCUUUCAAAAGAGGCUAAUGUGACCAAAAGAGGAGCAUUUGAAACUAAUUCCUCAGAAAACAUAUUUACUUCAAUGCAAUUUACUCAUGAAAAUGAACCAAAUGGUCAUUGUCUUAGAAAAAAAGCCAUCUUUCUUCUUAACUCAUCACAAAGUUCAGAAGAGGAGCAGAUAGUGUUGGACGAAGGCCAAAAAGUUGGCAGUUCCUUUCAAGGUGAUCUGAAUUGGGGAAGAAAAGUGAAGGUAGACAAUUUUCUAGAACUAGAAGAUUUGGAUAUGGAUGAAGAGAUUAAGCCCCAAAUGAGCAAGGAUUUGCUGCUGCUGCCAGGAGAAGUGGAGCAGGAUGUAAGCACCAGUGUUUCUUCUUACAUUCCUUCCAUGGCCCAGCCUCUUACCUCUGGAGUAAAGCCAAGAUCCACCGUGAAAGGAGCAGACAAACAAAGGGAAGAGAUUCUUGGAGAUGAAGUUCAGCCCUUCUCACUUGAUGAAGAAUUUGAUUAUGACACGGUGAUGCUAACUCCCAAGUUCACUCCUGCAGAGAUAGAUGCCAUCACAGAGCUCUCCAAACAAAAGAGGGGGAGCACCGAUAGAGACUUGGAAGAACCCCAUGACUGAUUCCCCAAGACACUUUGUGUUGAUUUUUAUUCUGUUCUUAUUCAAGCAGCAUUAGAAUAAAAGAUAAACCUGCUACAAUC